GCCCGCAGGACAGAAAGCUGCACUGAGAUAGCAGGCCCCAGAGGGUCAUGGCGGAGCUCAAGUCGCUGUCUGGGGAAACGUACCUGGCACUGAGCCACGGCUACACCGCGACCGGCCACGCCUACGCAGCGGCGCGCGGACCAGAAACUACUCGAGGCUUUGGUGCAUCCAGUCCAGGUGGCGACCUCCCGGCGGCGCCUGCUUCCCGCGUCCCUGCCGCGACGGUCGAGAGCAGUGGGGAGCAGAGCGGCGACGAGGACGACGCCUUCGAGAGCCGGCGGCGGCGGCGAGGGCCCGGGGUCUCGGUGGAUGCACGGCGGCGGCCCCGGGAGCAGCGCUCUCUACGGCUGAGCAUCAACGCACGCGAACGACGGCGAAUGCACGACCUGAACGACGCGCUGGACGGACUGCGCGCAGUCAUCCCCUAUGCGCACAGCCCGUCGGUGCGCAAGCUCUCCAAGAUCGCCACCCUGCUGCUGGCCAAGAACUACAUCCUCAUGCAGGCUCAGGCCCUGGAGGAGAUGCGGCGCCUGGUGGCCUACCUCAACCAAGGCCACGGCCUCGCUGCGCCUGUGGCCGCCACGCCACUGACCCCCUUCGGCCAGGCAGCAGUCUACCCGUUCUCGGCGGGCGCGGCGCUCGGGCCCUGCCCAGACAAGUGUGCCGCCUUCUCCGGAUCGCCCUCGGCGCUUUGCAAGCACUGCGGCGAGAAGCCCUGACGGUGCCGAGUCCCUCCGCAGCCGCCUAUUUAGACUAUCCACUGUCCUCACUGGCGGGACCCGAUGGGGAGAAGACAGGCGGACCCCGGACCGACCCUGCUUGCAGAACUGUUGGGUGCAGAACGCGAAGUCCGUUCUGGCAGAGUCAGACUGUACUCAAGACCCCACCGCAUCCACAGAGC